AUGUAUAAGUACAACAAUUGUGAAUACAUCAUGAAUGCAUUUUAUACAUUUGAUUCUGUAUUAACUGAUUCAAGUGGUAAUAAUAAUACAGUUAAUGGAUCGUAUAAUUCAUUUGUUACUACUGAAUAUGUUAAUAAGACCCAAUCGUUUACUGUAAAAUUUUGGUUUUAUUGGACAGCAAAAUCAGCUUUGGAUUAUUGUUUGUUUGGUCAAUAUCUGUCAUCGAGUACAGAUCAAUGUCUGUUCAUAAAUAUACGUAAUCGUGUUUUAUGUUUUGGAUUUUAUGCAGAUGAUACACCAGAUGAUGCCAAUGAAUCAGCUGUAUCUAAUAGACCAAAUGAAUCUUUUGCAUCAUCUGUUAUUCGUCCUAUUAAACAUAAAAUAAUUCGUACAUAUCCCGACAAUUUUGAAUUGCAAUCAACUACAAAACAUCGACAUCAUCAUCGGCGACAUCAUGGAUUUUCAACAUUUCCGUGGCAUAAAAAACAGCAACAUGAAUCAAAUUCAUUAGCAAAUAUCAAACAAUAUCCAUUACCUCAAUCAAUUAUUAAACAACAACAACCUAUAUCCGAACUCUCAAGAUCCAUUUCAAAGAAAUCUGUUACAUUUGCAUCAGUAUUUGACCUAACUGAUAAUAAUUAUAACGAUGAACUUAAACAAACAGAAUUGACGUUCGAUACCAACUUGCCGGGGUAUAUUGAGGAUACUGAGCAUGUACAAAUUUUGGAACCAAAAUUUGAAUUGAUUGCUAGUACUCUCGAUGAUGAAGAAAUGCAAAUCACAGAAGAUAAACCAAUAAAUGAAGAGUCACAAGAGGAAAGAUCAGUGCAUAUUCCGGAUAUUAUUACUCAGCACCAAACUGUGAAGGAUGAAGAUAAUGAAAAAAACACAACCGAUGGUAUUUCAUCAGUUAAUGUCGUCUAUUUUGAAACAUUCAUAAACAAAAAUGAAGACGAUGACAACGAAAUCGAUAAUAAUCAGCAUCAAUUAAACACAUCCAAUUAUCCAUUUCGAUCUACAAUCUCAUCACCACCUGUCAACGGCUAUCCUACAGACACUCAACCAAGAGAAAAAAAGAGAAAGUUUAAUUUAAUUCAACAAAUGUACCAUGCAAUUCAUCCACAUCCACAACGUUUACAUCAUCCAGUGCCAAUAUCAAAAUCAAUAAUACAAAAAUAUUCCUCUUCAUGCCCAGCCCUUGCGUCAUUUCAAGAAGUAGAUACCACAAACCAUAAACCCGUUUCAUCUUGGUUAAAAACAAGUAAAAUCGGUCGAAUGAUCAACAACAUGCAGCAAGCAUUUGCAAAAAAUAAUAGCAAAUUAAAAAACAGAAAGAAAUUCAAAGUGAAACAUCCAACGAACAAUGUAAUUAAAGAUGAGUUAACGGCUGUUUAUUAA